AGGAGAUGAAAGGAGGAGAUGGUUUCAGAACAACUGGAAAGAAAAUCUCUGUGGCUCUGCUUGCUCUGGUUUUGAUGCCCUUCUUGCUUUGGGAUUGGGAGACCAAUCCUUUUGUUUAUACACAUGAAUCAACCCAAUACCGGUCCAACACACCUCCUGGUAUUGCCCCAGCAUGCAUUCAUUGCGACCCAAAUUACUCCACAGAGUCUAUGAAGCCUGCUGAGAUGAAAACUGAUGGAGAUAAGUAUCAAUCACUUGAGAAAGAAGAAGGGAAAGAGCCAAUGGAAAAUGGUGAUGAUUUUGAAGCUGAGAUAAUAGAUCGUAGCCUUGUAAAUGGGACAGCCUCAGUUGAUACAAAAGUCUGUAACUAUGCAAGAGGUAGAUGGGUUGCUGAUAGCAGGCCGCCUUUAUAUACUGCUAAAUGCAAGUAUAUGGAAAGGAAGUGGGCAUGCAGACUCUCCAGUCGAACAGAUUUCUCCUACGAAGGUUAUAGAUGGCAGUCCGUAGAUUGUCAAAAGCCAGAGUUUGAGGCCUCUCAUUUCUUGGAAAGGAUGAAAGACAAAAUAGUUGCCUUUGUUGGAGAUUCAUUGAGCAGAGAGCAAUUUGAAUCCUUGAUGUGCAUGCUCACCGGGGGCCAAGAGAGCUCUGACAUUGAAGAUGUUCAAAUCCUAUACGCCGGAAAGAUCCAUCACCCUGGUUGGGGUUACCGGUUUCGGAGUACCAAUACCACAAUCUUGUAUUCUAAGUCAACAAGACUCUGUGAUCUAGAGCCUAUUAAUGCCACCGAUCCAAACACCCUUAACGCCAUGCAUUUGGACCGUCAGCCAGCUUUCAUUCGAGAAAACAUCGAUCACCUUAAUGUAUUAGUCAUGAACACGGCUCAGCAUUGGAGAAAAACGUUGGUUAGCUGGGACAACGAGGUGAUGUACGUGAACGGGGCGCCUGUCCAAGACAGAAAUCUCAUGAACAUCUCCAAUGCCAUGAUUUUUAAAGUGAACAAUAUAGUAAAAUGGCUUGAUUCUAAGUUGGCAUCGAAUCCCAACUUGCAAGUUUUCUUUAGAACAAAGUCGCCAACGCACUUUUUCAAAGGCGACUGGAACACCGGCGGUAGAUGCGAUAACACCAUUCCAAUGACCAGAGGGAGUGAAGUCUUCGAAGAUGAAUCGAGCGACAAGGUUGUAGCUGCUGCAGUUAAGGGUACCAGGGUGAAGCUUUUGGAUAUAACUGCUCUAUCUGAUCUAAGAGAUGAGGCUCACAAUUCAUAUUAUGGUAAAAAAUCCCCUGACUGCUUGCAUUGGUGCUUGCCUGGUGUUCCAGAUACUUGGAAUGAACUACUCAGUGCACAGCUCUAG